UUUGUGAAAAUUUUUGGUGAGUUUGCUCAAAAUUUUGUAUAUUCAAAUUUGUUGGAAGAUUUAGUUGGAAACUUUCUUUACAAUUUCAUAGUAGCCGGUGUUGGUGACGCUACUUGAGGAUUUUUUUUUUGCUGGAGCAGAGUUUUUGCUAGGUGUAGUUGCAGGCGUCGUUAAGCGCCAUCGCGGGCGUCGUGAUUCGCCAUUGUGGACGCCGUGUUUGGCGGUUUCUUUGUUGUUUUUGGUUGGCGAGGAAUUUGUUUGAUUCAGUGGUGGGCAACAGUUUAAAUUUGCCAUCAAUUGUUUAGCAGGGUGAGUUCAAUUGGUUUUUUUUUUCUUUUAUCGAAUUUUGAGGAUCUCAGUGUUUUACUGAUUGUUUUUUUUUUAUAUUUAUUUAUAUUUGAUAGCUUUGAUAGUCAUGUCGAUGUUUGGCACUAUUGACCCAUUUGUUCCGGGAACGUCGUUUUCCAACUACGUUGAAAGGUUGGAAUAUUUCUUUUCUUCCAAUAAUAUUGGAGAGGAAAAAAAGAAGGACAUUUUCUUAGGGUUUUGUGGAAUGGUAGUGUUUGACGAAAUCAAACUUCUGUUUCCGGCGGUCGAUCUCAAAACUUUGUCUUAUGAGGAAAUUACAAAGAAACUUAAGGACAGAUAUGACAAGAAAGAUUCGGAACUUCAGGCUUAUGUUCGAUUUAGGAACCGGAAGCAGGGUCCGUCAGAAUCGAAUGAAAAUUUUAUAUUAGCAGUUAGACUGUUGGCUGAGGCUUGCGAGUUCGAUGGUUAUCGCGAUCGAGCCAUAAGGAAUCAACUUGUUAUCGGAAUCCAGGAUAAGGAAUUAAAAAAGCGUUUAUUCAAUGAAGAAAAUCUAACUUUGAAAACGGCAGAGCGGAUGAUCAAAAAUUCAGAAAGGAUUUUUGAUCAUGAAAAAUUCAUUGAUGUUGAGAACAUAAACUCUGUUAAAUACAGACUGGGAGAUCGGUUCAGUAGAUUUGAUGCUAGAACAUUUGAUAGACGUAUGCCUCAAAGAGACAGAUCGCGCAGUAGGGAGAACAUGAGAUGGAAUAGAUCAAGAUCCCGUGGUAAUGCAAAUGGUAGAGGAAGAUACGCGAAUUUUAAGUGCAAUUAUUGUGGAGAGCUAGGCCAUGUUUGGAAAUCAUGCUUUGAGCGCAAGAAGGAUCAGAGAAACAAAGUAAAUUUUGUCGACGUAAAGCCUAAGGAGGGACAGAAGGAUGUGCACGAUUAUUUUAAGCGGUUGAGAGUGGAUUACAGCAGCAGUGAAGAGUCAGAUAGCCUUAGGGGCGCAUGUGGUCUCGGCCCACAGGGGGCAGAUCAGAGUAGCGAGAACUGAACCUAGGCGCAAUGUGGCGUUUCAGUUUAGGAAUGCAACCGAGGAGUCGAGAGAGGGGAAUUCGAGGGCGCCUGGAAUCAAUGGAUCCAAGAGGCGUCGUGAGGAAUCAGAAGAAGAAGAGGAGUUCCGAGGGUUUCCUUCAUCUCCAAGUCAACCCCCUCCCGCCAGAAAUGAGAUGCAUCCUGGACGAAUGUUGAAUUUUGAAGAACCUUUGGAAUCGUCGGUGAUAAGAAAAUCCUUGAGAAGAAGGAAGUUGCUGAAACAAAGUGAUUAUAUAUAUUUCUAAUUUUAAAUUUUUUUGGAUCAAUUCUUUUAGAUGGAAGUUUUUCUUGCAUUAGUUGUUUUUAAUUGUAAAUCCAGUAGUUAUUAAUAUUCAUAAUCUUGAAAGGGUGAGAAUUGUUAGGAACCCAAUUUUCAGUUCCAAAGUUUUUGCGUAUAACCGUUUAGCUCUCUAAAACAAAACAAUGGUUUUUGCGAAGUAGGUUCGUGUUUUGCAGUUUUCACGAUUUGUACCUAGGAAGUUUAC